AUGAUUCAAGGACAUUAUGGACCUGCAGGUUUAUUACACUUCUUCUUUAGAGAUAUCUCCUUCACAUGGCUAAUGAUUUCCACUCAGAUCAUUGACAUGGUCUUUUUUGCUUUCGUAUUGUGUUGUAAAUUCGUUUGUAAAAUGGAGAUUCACUCAUGUCCACAACCAUUAGCUUGUUUGGAGUACAGUUCCUAUAAUGUUUCACUCAUGAGAGAGAAUCAAGCUGUUCCAUUCAAUGCUCAGAAUGAUAUUUCACAUAGUUUGAGUGGAACUUUGAUUUGGACUUUGGUUUUUACUGGAAUUUAUGUUUUGGUCAAUUGGAGAAAUAAUUCUAGAUCAUUUGCUUCAUUGUAUGGUAUUUUCUUUUUGAGUAUUUCGUCUCAUUGGUUGUUGGAUGUUGUGGUGAGAAGAAAUGAUGUUGCUGUUUUUCCACCAUUCACAUCGAACAAGAUUGGACUUGGUACUUGGCAACACUUGUCAAAAUUGAGUAAUUAUCUCAUUGAAGUUGGAAGUGCCGUAUUAGGAUGGUUGUUUUUCUUCUUGGUAAGGAAAUCAUCCAAGUUGACAAAAGGUUUUUGGAUUUCUUCACUUCUUUACUUUCUAAUGACAUUUGGACUAAUGUAUGGAGUUUAUUUUGCUGUGGAUUAUUCUAAAAUUGCUGAUUCUGUUCAAGAUGGUUCUCCAACUUCACCUGAUCAAAUUCCAUUCACCUAUUUCACUUAUGUACUUGUUGGAAUACUUUCGUAUUUCAUGGAGAGAAAGGUCAGAGAAAUUAAGACUGAAUAA